AUGUUGGAUUUCCAUAGGGAAUCACCCCCAGGAACUCCAACUCUAGGGCUAGGAGAAACCAUGUCCAUCUCUGGAGACUCUGAGCUAGAGCUUGAUGAAGUGGACCAACAUCUAGAGUUUAGGAAAACUCAUCAACAAGAGUUCCAGAUUGCAUGGAUGAAUAAACUAGUUCAGGCUAGGCUAGCCCUAAAUGAGGCUAUCAGUCUGGGUGGCUCCCAGGAUCCAAGAGGAGCAGUACUGCAUGAUGUUACUUGCACUCUUAAUGACAUGCUUCAUGCUCAAGCUGAAGGGUUUGAAUACCUUCCUAGGGCCAAAAAGGGGACCCCUGACUCCCCAGUCAUCCAUCAACUUCAUGAAGAUAUGAAGAGCAUUCACCAAAAGCUGGAUUCCUUGAUGAAUCAGGAUAGAAAGAAAGUGCCAGAUGUUCCUGCAUCUACCUAUACCAAGGUUGCUCAGGCCUCUAUGGAUCAUACAGUCUCAUCCCAGGCUCAUCAGCCAAGUCCAAAGGUGGUCAUUCCAGUGAGAAAGGAUCUAAAUCUCCAGGAAUUCACUGCUAUGGAGAAGAUAGAAGAUUGA